AUGGAGUGCUCUGCUAAUGAUCAUAUUGGUGGUGUUCGCGAUCAGGACAGCUCACUAGCGAACGUUAACCUCGAUAAAUUUCCACAAAAGAUCGGUGAAUCAGGUGGUUUGUUUCAGGGACCUCUCGUCACAGCCGCCUCACCAUCAUCUACAUCACCCCAAGUCCCUAGGACUUCGUGUCGAGCCUCCUCAAGUGAAGCUGGAAAUUCAGGUCUCAAAUUUCAUAGCGUUUCAUACGCCCCCAACUCAUGCAGUACCUUGAAUAUGGCUUUAAAUUUGGAGGAUAGCUUGCGCCUUAUUCACAAAAUUGCCUGCAGUAAAUUGGACAUGCAUCUACGGCAGAUGACCUCAGUUGAUGUCACCAAUGCCUCCUCUUCAUAUGCUCUCAGUCUUUGCUGUUCGCAGGCAGGUGUUUCGUGUUUGUGUGCAGUCGGUUCUUGCUCCUGCAGUUCAGCUCCACCACCAUCAUCGUGUCCUCAACUGACGGCAUCGGCCUCCUGUCAGACAGACGGUUUGUCCGAUCCUCACGUAAUGGAAGAGUUCUCACCGUCAAACCUCUUUUCUUUGCCCGAUCAGCAGUCGGUGGACCUUGAUAAGAGUCCUGUUUCACAAGACUUAGGUUUUAUCAAUAGUCUUAUCCAGCCACCCUGCGUUACCUCCCCGAACAAUGAUCUAUCCUUCCAACCAACUCCUCAACCUAUUAUCGAUCAUCCUCCAGCUGAUAAGGUUUCUUAUCCUCCUAAAAUGUUGCCUUUCAGCUGCUCCUUCUGUGGUCGCAUUUAUCGGCAGAAGAUUCACUUGCGUAAACACGUAAUGGCCCAGCAUACUAAACAGAAACCAUUUUUCUGUCCCCACUGUGCUUACACUACGGUAGAGAAGAGUCAUCUCACUGUGCACAUACGAACUCAUACGGGGGAGAGACCGUAUAUCUGUCGAGUGUGUCACUACUCCUCAACGCAGAACUGCACUCUCAAGUCGCAUUACCUACGAAAGCAUCCGGAGAGCAAGAUCAACUGUGUGACCUGUGGUGGAACCUAUAUCACAGAACUGGAGUACCAGAACCAUCUAAAAAAUUGUGGCACUACUUUUGAUCGGAUGUUUACCUCUGAGACGGCACCUUUCUCAAUUGACCUCAUAUCCUCCAUAGGAAAUCUAAAAGGUGAUUUCGGUCCCCGCUGA